AUGACAGAAGUUGUUAAUAAUAAUAGUUUAGAAUUGACUUCUGAUUCAGGCCAACAACAAUCAACUAUUACAGAUGUAUCAACUGGAAAUGUUAACGAGUACUAUCCAGUUAAAGCUUUAUAUGAAAAUGUAUCAGAUAUUAUAGAAAAACAAAACUAUGUUGAGCACAAUGAAACUGAUUUUGAUGAAUUAACUGCUAAUUUAGGCCUACCAUUGCCUUCUACAGAUGUAUCAACUGGAAAUGUUAAUGAUUACUAUCCAGUUGAAGCUUCACAUGAAAAUAUAGCUGGAACUAUUGAGAAACAAAACUAUGUUGAGUACAAUGUAACUGAUUUUGAUGAAUUAACUGCUAAUUUAGGCCUACCAUUGACUACUACAGAUGUAUCAACUGGAAAUGUUAAUGAUUACUAUCCAGUUGAAGCUUUACAUGAAAAUAUAGCUGGAACUAUUGAGAAACAAAACUAUGUUGGGCACAAUGUAACUGAUUUUGAUGAAUUAACUGCUAUUUUAGACCAACAAUCUGCUACUACAGGCGCAUUUAAUCAAAACUUUAAUAAGUCUUAUUCUAUUGAAACUUUGUAUAAAGAUUUAUCUGAGGUUAUCGAGCUACAAAAUGUUGUAGCACAAGAUUGUGAUGAUGCUAAUGUUGAUAUAUUGACAACUGAUUUGGAUCAACAAUCUUCUAGAACAGGCAGUUUAUUUGAAUCUGAUACAGAAACACAAGACAGGUAUCCAGGUUUACGGCCUAAAACUAAAAAUGUUAAACCUGUAUCUAAUGACAGUUCAGUAAGUUCAGAUUAUUCUGAGUAUGAUUCUGACUAUGUGCCUCAAUCUAAUAAAGCUGUCAGUAGCAAAUUGUAUGAUUCUGAUAAAGAAGAAGAUAAAGACUUUGCUAAUUCAUCAGACAUCAAUAUUGAUGAGUAUGAGGAUUAAACAAAUAUGGUGC